CUGCGGUCGUCAGGCAGGAAGGAGGGGUGGCCUGACCCCUCGGCAGUCCCUCCCCUAGCCUUUCCCCAAAUUGCUACUUCCCUGGGGCUCCAGGUCCUGCUUGUGCUCAGCUCCAGCUCACCGGCUGGCCACCGAGACCUCUGGACAGGGAACUGCACCAUCCUCUUCUCCCAGCAAGGGGGCUCCAGAGACUGUCCACCCAGGAAGUCUGGUGGCCUGGGGAUUCGGACAGUGCCUUGGUAAUGACCAGGGCUCCAGGAAGAGAUGUCCGUGUGGCUGGGGGCCCCUGUGCCUGACAUUCCUCCUGACUCUGCAGCGGAGCUGUGGAAGCCAGGUGCACAGGAUGCAAGCAGCCAGACCCAGGGAGGCAACAGCCGCAUCCUCAGAGAGGAAGCCAGGAUGCCCCACUCUGCCACAGGCACUGCAGGGGUGGGGCUGGAGGCUGCAGAGCCCACAGUUCUGCUCACCAGGGCGGAGCCCCCUUCAGAACCCACAGAGAUCCGUCCACAAAAGCGGAAAAAGGGGCCAGCCCCCAAAAUGCUGGGGAAUGAGCUAUGCAGCGUUUGUGGGGACAAGGCCUCCGGCUUCCACUACAAUGUUCUGAGCUGCGAGGGUUGCAAGGGAUUCUUCCGCCGCAGUGUCAUCAAGGGAGCGCGAUACGUCUGCCACAGUGGCGGCCACUGCCCCAUGGACACCUACAUGCGUCGCAAGUGCCAGGAGUGUCGGCUUCGCAAGUGCCGCCAGGCUGGCAUGCGGGAGGAGUGUGUCCUGUCAGAAGAACAGAUCCGUCUGAAGAAACUGAAGCGGCAAGAGGAGGAACAGGCUCAUGCCGUAUCCCUGCCCCCCAGGGCUUCCUCACCCCCUCAAAUCCUGCCCCAGCUCAGCCCGGAGCAAUUGGGCAUGAUCGAGAAGCUGGUCGCUGCCCAGCAACAGUGUAACCGGCGCUCCUUUUCUGACCGGCUUCGAGUCACGCCUUGGCCCAUGGCACCAGAUCCCCAUAGCCGGGAGGCCCGUCAGCAGCGCUUUGCCCACUUCACUGAGCUGGCCAUCGUCUCUGUGCAGGAGAUAGUUGACUUUGCUAAACAGCUACCCGGCUUCCUGCAGCUCAGCCGGGAGGACCAGAUUGCCCUGCUGAAGACCUCUGCGAUCGAGGUGAUGCUUCUGGAGACAUCUCGGAGGUACAACCCUGGGAGUGAGAGUAUCACCUUCCUCAAGGAUUUCAGUUAUAACCGGGAAGACUUUGCCAAAGCAGGAGUGCAGGUGGAGGCUUUUGCUCUGUUAUUUAGGGAUGAGAGAGCUUGGCUGGAGCAUGUCUCUAUAUUUUGGUUGCAACUUGGGGUAUGGAACUGGACCCUGGCCAGACCUGCUUCUCAACUCUCUUGGUGACCUAUAGACCGGCCCAAUGUGCAGGACCAGCUCCAGGUAGAGAGGCUGCAGCACACAUAUGUGGAAGCCCUGCAUGCCUACGUCUCCAUCCACCAUCCCCAUGACCGACUGAUGUUCCCACGGAUGCUAAUGAAACUGGUGAGCCUCCGGACCCUGAGCAGCGUCCACUCAGAGCAAGUGUUUGCACUGCGUCUGCAGGACAAAAAGCUCCCACCGCUGCUCUCUGAGAUCUGGGAUGUGCACGAAUGACUGUUCUUUCCUCAUAUUUUGUUUUCUGGGCCGGAUGGCUGAGGCCUGGUGGCUGCCUCCUAGAAGUGGAACAGACUGAGAAGGGCAAACAUUCCUGGGAGCUGGGCAAGGAGAUCCACCCGUGGCAUUAAAAGAGAGUCAAAGAGUUG